AUGCCUGUCCGAGUGGCUGGAAAAGCCAUUCGCGACCUGGAGUAUCUUCAUUCGAAGGUAAAUCUAUCGGAACUUUUCGAUGGCGAACCGCCCGCCAUGCACAGUCACAUCGAGCGGACGCUGGAGGCAUCGGAAACGUUUCUGAGUGACAACGACACCGUCAUGUUCGCUUCUGCCACCAUGAAGCGUAUUCUCAUUAUUUAUCAAAACUCCACCGCAGAGCUUCCAAAACAGUACUGGAACCCGAUCAUUCUCCACAUUCGUCGCAUUUGGGACUACUCGGCGGAUCGUGUGUGCCACGAUGCAGUUGACACCUUCUCCACACUCCUCGAAAUCCAUCUCCGCCAAUGCGAAGAGUGUCUAGACCGUCCUGCAGGCGACAGUCAUGCCAACUGCGAUUGGAUCAACGAGAUCACUCAAUGGCUUCUAGAACCCACGUCGCUGUGCCGUUCUCGCUUCAGAUGCAUCUCGCAUCUUGUCGGCCAGUGUCCCACACUUCGUCUCAACCUUGGCAGAGACUUCUUCGCUCGAACCUACCCGCUCAUCUCGAAUCCAUCGUUCUCAUCGGUUAUUUUCCAACUCAUCGUUGAUAAUAUUUUUGAUAGGGAUGAACUUUGGGAGAUGCACUGUCAGGAGCUAUUGAGUACUACUGAUGCGAAAUUGAUCAAGUCUAGAUUGAUCCCACUGCUCCAGAAGUACCAUAGUGGGAACAAGAAAGAUCAGAAGCCGUUGGAAUCGGAUACAGCUGUCAAGUUCUUAAAUCAUUUGCUGAUUCAAUUGAAUUCAAACAACCCACCCAGUGAUCUGCAAUCCCAGCUGGAAAUCGUCCAUGCUCUUGUCUGUACCACGUGGCCACGAAAGCAAGGAAAGGACAAUGAUCAGCCAGCCAACCUCGUCGAUUUCUCCAACUGGAGUCAAUGCAUCACAGACAGAACCAUGUCCGCAGCGAUCGUCCACGUGGAAACCGACGUCCGGCUGGCAGCAUUCAGACUUGUCGUGGAGAAUCCGAGAAAGACGAUCGCGUUCAAUGAGCAGGAUAUCGAGUACAUCAAGACGUUCCUCGCUUCCAACAUGCCCAUUCAAAGCCCCAGCAACCGUCAGCAACUCCUGGCGGCCUACAAAUUCAUGUGUCAAAGGCUCGGAGCAUCGGCUGAGUCGUAUCUCAAAAUGCCACAACCACAGGAUAGAGACUCGGAUUCGUUCAGCCCUGACUCGUCGAGUCUUGAGAAUUCCAACACGCUGAAGUACAAACUGGGCAAGGAUCUGUGGAUUCAUCCGAUUCCCGAAUCUUACAUCCAACUGGCGAAAUGGAUGGCCAAGUUGGCAUUUGAAUCGAUCUCAUCGAAAGCCAAUUACUACAGACGAAUUAUGGGUUUAGGACAGAUCGAUGUGCUAUUCAAUCGUGAGAACUUUAUCACCGAUGGAAAACAGCUAUUCGCGGAUCGACUGAAUUUGGACAGCACGUUGGGAUCAGAUCGUCAUAAACUCGUGAUGGAUUGCCUUGAUGACUCGUACGAUCUUGUUCAGAAUACCGCAUUGGGUCUUCUCAAAAAGCUAGACUUUGGAAAUAUCAAGAUGAACGAGGAGAAUUAUCUGAACGACGCGUUGGAGCUGAUGACGUCAACUAGAUCUCGAAAUUCCACAUCAGCUGUCUUCAGAAUGCAGUACUAUCUUGCCAGACAGCCGGAGAGAUACACAGCAUGCUUGCGAAGAUUCCUACAGGACUUGAACGAGAGAGCCAACGGAGCUGAAAAAGAACUUAUGCUCAUCACCUCCCUUCCAGUGCAUCCCAUUCUCAAUAUGAUCGAGCUUCUUCUCAAAAACGCCACGUGGCAAAAUUCAGAAGAGGCUAAGCUGGCAUUCUACAAAGAGGAUAUUCUAAAAGAGUUGCUUCCCAUUUGCAAUCGAAUCGUUGCAAUUGUGAGUCCUGUCGUUCAUAACAUGUCACCAGAAGGAUACAUUCCGGACGAGAUGCUCAAUGAGAUGUAUGGAACGACGACUGAUCGACUCGCCGAGCUCUCUCAGCACCUUCUUGUGUGCUGUUGGAGAGCACAUAAGCACGUCUCCGGAAUCUUCUCGUGGAUUAUUGAAGUGCUCGCCCCGAAGAAAAUAGUCUCAAAGGAAGAAAUCGAAGCGAUUGGUACAUUCUACUGGACACAGCUGACCGAGUGCAAACAUCGUGGAGCAUUCGAAUCGGCCACCGAAGGAUUCACCCAACUCUGUCAAUUCCUGUGGACCACCGAUAUCGAAGACCUUCCGAAGCCAGAAACCUGGUUGGAUGAGAUUCUCGCAGCGACACGUGGCGAACAAGAUCUCACGAAUUUGUGCUCGACGAGACGAAGUGCUGGACUCCCGCAUCUGGUUCACUCAAUUGUUUCCACUGAGCCUAGAAGCAAUGAAAAUGCUGCUCUUUUCAAAGCAACGAGCUCGUUGUUGAGUAUGGAUGGAAAGACAGUGAUGUAUCGUGUCCACUCGAUGAAUGUGAUGAAAGUGCUCAUUCAAAGUUCACAACUCCACGAGAGAAUCGUUUACUGCUACGAGCAAUGUCUGAAAGUGGCAAUUGAUGCAUGUCGAGCGGAUUGGAGUGAGCGAAACGCGGCUUCUCAGCUGUUUGCCGCUCUUCGAACCAAGAUUUUCGGUGUGAUGAGAUCCGCUCAACGAUCGUUGCAAGUUGAUGGAAAGAAUCGAAAAUCGAACUACGAGUUCUUCUCGAAAUUCCCAACACUCUAUAGAUUCCUCUACGAACAAAUUGAGAACCACGAGAAUCAUUCGGAAUUCUCACUUCUUCCACCACUAGUGGUUUUGACCCAUCUGUAUACACCUCCUUCGUCUACUGAUCUCUACCCGUUGGGACCAUUCAUUCCACCACUUCUUCGAAUCGCUCUUCGUGAGAAACAUGAAAGUCUUAGAGCUCACGCCGUUGCAGCGAUUCUAGCGAUUUCCGAUGUUUACGCGAAAGCUGAUUUGUCUCAAUGGGUACAGGAGUUUAAGUUUGAUAAGUUUCAGAACGCAAGCCAAAACCAGCUACACAGUUUCCUUCUAAUCGUUGAAGGCCUCGGAAACUACGGGGAAUACUUCAAUCGGAUGUUACAAGUGGUGAAGCACGUUCUGGAAAGUCUCGUCUUCCGCGGCUGGUGCGAUUUCACCAUCAACCAACUGCUCACCAUUGCCAAUUCGUUCGGGCUCAACUUCGAUGUAGAUGACGUGGAUUUGACGAAGGCGGUUCUGUCGAAACGCCCGAUUGCUGUGCGACUUUUGCGAGAUCGUGACGCCUUCAAGUCGGAGAUGUGCCAUCAUUUGCGCUCCUAUGAUACUCGACGCGAGUUGUACAGAACGAUUUACAAGCAGGGAUGGGAUGCGUGCAUUAUGGUGAGCAGGUUCCAUUCAAUUUUCAGCUCGUUAAUCAACUUUUUCCAGCUAUUCCGUGCUCACGUCAUCAACAUUGCCAUCAUGGAUUUGGCGUCACUGCAGACCGUUCAGUGCGAUGCGAAACGAAUCAUGAAGAUCCUCACAUGCACCACCGACGAGUUCAUGAGUCAGCAGAAUAUGCAGAAAGCCGUGGAAACCAUUGAGAAGCAUCUCGACACUCCAGACCAUUCGUGGACGCUCCCAUCUACUAUGGCGUACGCGACAAAGAUCAGAUACGGAGGCUGCUUGUAUCCGGACAACGAGCUCAUCUCGUGGAUCCGUGAGAGCUACGAACUGGAUGAUCCGGAAACUAAACAGGUUGGUUUUGGCCGCGGACUGGAUCCCACCUGUAGACUGAAUCUUGUAUUCCAGAUUGCUCUGGAUCUCGGUGGCAUGUUCGUCAGUCGCAUCCCAUCGAAACUCUCCUACACGGAAUCUGACAAAGAGAUCAUCUCAGCCGUCAUGCUAUAUCUUCAGGACGAGUCGGACUUUAUGCGCCAAAGAGAAAACCCCUCAAACAGAAAGUUCUUCCAGACCGCCUACCAUUUGGGUCAUUUGAUUCAUGACACUGGCUACCGUGCACUGAACCCGGAGAUCUGUCGUGUGUUGGUCACCAAAUACUGUCUUAACGAUGGAAACGAGAAAUUGGAGCGAUUCUCGAUCCCGGAGAACAGGCACAAGACUAUGGAAGAGGUUCAGAAUACCGUAGUCUUUCCAAUUCAUCUGAAUUCCCAUUUUUUCCAGCGUGACGAUUUGUUCGACGCGUGCGCCGUCAACCAGUACGAGGAGUCUCAGCUGUUCGGCGACAUCCAACUCUACGAAACGAGCCUCGGAUUCAGUGGAUACAACCAGGAGAUGUACGAUAUCGAAUACUGA